CUCGGUUGGCUGCUUGGGGCGGAACGUGCCGCCACUCACUCGCACCAUGGAGCCGCGGCGGAAGAUGGCGGCCGAGCCCCACAGCCGGGACCGGGGGCCGUACGCUCGGCCGCCGCUCUCCGCCCUCGCCGCCGCGCUGCUCCUGCUGGGCUGCAGCCCGGCCCCCGCCGCCGCCAGCUGUCACCAUGGCGUUCCCAGCGGCGGGGAGGUUGUCUACAAAGUUUAUCUUAAGGAAAAUCAUGUUCUCAAGAGAAAUGUUGAUCAAAAACUGAGAAUUAAGACUAUAUAUGACAGAAGUGUCGAAGAUUUGCUCCUUGAGAAACGACACCUUAUAAAGAACAAACUUUUCCCCCAAGCUAUUUCUUAUUUGGAGAAGACUUUUCAAGUUCGCAAACCAACAGGUACUAUUUCACUAAGCAGGCAAUGUGCAACAAACCAGUAUUUAAGGAAGAAAGGUGAUCCUCAUAGAUAUUGCCGAGGAGCCUGUGCAGAACACACAAGAUGUGGCCCAGUUAUAGUUCCUGAGGAACACUUACAGCAAUGUAGGGUAUGUAGUGAAAAUGAAUGGCAUUGUGGACCUGCUGGUUUACCAGACCAAGAAGGAGUUCGAGAUGCCGAUUUUGUACUUUAUGUUAGUGCUCUUACUACUGAAAGAUGUGGUCAGGAAAAUAUUAUUGCGUAUGCAGCCUACUGCCAACUGGAAGCAGAAAUGGACAGGCCAGUAGCAGGAUAUGCUAAUUUGUGUCCAAAUAUGAUUUCUACUCAAGCUCAGGAAUUUAUUGGCAUGCUGUCUACAGUGAAACAUGAAAUUAUUCAUGCACUGGGUUUCUCUGCUGGGCUGUUUGCAUUUUAUCACGAUGAUGAUGGAAAUCCUUUGACAGCAAGAUAUACAGAUGGGCUCCCGCCUUUUAAUGACAGUCUAGGUUUGUAUCAGUGGAGCAACAAGGUUGUUGAUAAAGCAGUGAGGUUAUGGGAUGUACGAGGUCAUAAGAUGCUGCGCCAUGACGUAUUUCUUCUGGUAACACCUCGAGUAGUUGAAGAAGCUCGGAAACAUUUUGACUGUCCAAUUCUAGAGGGAAUGGAGCUUGAAAACCAAGGUGGCAUGGGUACAGAGCUCAAUCACUGGGAAAAGCGAUUGUUGGAGAAUGAGGCAAUGACUGGAUCCCACACACAGAACAGGGUCUUCUCCCGGAUUACCUUAGCAUUAAUGGAGGAUACAGGCUGGUAUAAAGCCAAUUACAGCAUGGCAGAGAAAUUAGACUGGGGACGUGAUAAAGGCUGUGACUUUGUGAUGAAAAGCUGUAAAUUUUGGAUUGACCAAAAGAAAGAGAAGAGGCAAUUGGUGAGCCCAUACUGUGACACUCUGAGGAGUAAUCCACUGCAGUUAACUUGUAGACAGGACCAAAAGGCAGUAGCAGUGUGCAAUUUACAGAAAUUCCCAAAGCAGUUAUCUCAGGAGUAUCAGUACUUUGACAGUCUUAAUGGAGUACCAUCAGAAGAUUUGCCUUAUUAUGGCGGCUCAGUAGAAAUUGCUGACUAUUGCCCCUUUAGUCAAGAAUUUAGUUGGCAUUUAAGUGGUGAAUUUCAACGCAGCUCAGAUUGUAGAAUAAUGGAAAAUCAGCCAGAUCCUUUCAAAAACUAUGGUGCAGAGAAAUAUGGACCAAACUCUGUGUGUCUCAUUCAGAAAUCAGCAUUUGUCAUGGCACAGUGCAGAAAAAAACUCAGUUACCCUGACUGGGGCAGUGGAUGUUAUCAGGUUUCUUGUUCUCCCAAAGGACUGAAUGUUUGGGUCAAGGACACAGCAUACUUGUGCAGCCGCUCAGGUCAAGUGUUAACUGUUAGCAUUCAGAUGAAUGGAUGGGUACAUGCUGGAAAUCUAAUUUGUCCAGCUUGUUGGGACUUUUGUGAUUCCUGUCCCCCUGAACGGGAUCCUCCAGCUUCUAACAUAACAAGGGCACUAUCAAUUGAUUUGUGCUCCUGUUCCUCCAGCCUGGUUGUAACUCUCUGGCUGUUGAUGGCUAACUUGAUCCCCUUGCUGGCAGGAUUUCUUCUGUGUGUAUGGAGUUAAGUGUGGGUAAAAAGGUACUUACUCCAAGACUUCACCACCAUGCUACAUUCCUCGGGUCAAGAGCGCUACCAUAGUGCAACAUCUCUGCAGGCAGCAGUCUCACACUGAACGAUUGCCUUUUGGCCUAUCUCACUACUGCUUGUAGCCAAGAAGGUGCUGACAACAGCAGCUAACUUUUAAGAGGAGACAAAGUUUACUAUAUUUUCUCAGUAAGUGCCAGUAUUUUGUGAAUUCAGACCUUUAAUUUUAACAGUAACAACUUUUGAAGAUCAAAUGUGUUAGCUGCAUUAGGCAACUGGCAACGCAAUCGUUAGUGAUAUACAUGUGAAACCGUAAGAAUGCUUCUUGGAUUUUGUUUUGCUAAAUCCUCUAUGUAAGUGGUAGCAGGGUGUUUGGGUUGUUUGUUUUAGCAUCCUCAAACUGGAGAUAAACCUCAAUGUUUCUUUAGUCAAAAGCCAUGUAAAAAAUCAGUUGCCAUUGCUGCUAGGAACCUAGGCUGAAAUGGACUUUUACUGACUCUUGCAAUUUCAGCCACAUGCAGAGAGAGAGAGAGACGCACGCGCACACACAACCCCCCCUCCACCCCCCCGCAUUGAUAUUCUGGCAUUGCUUCCAAAAUACUAUUCUGUACUUUGAAACUUAUGAUGAAUUGAUGGUGUAUUUUUCAUGAAAUUGGUUUCUUUACAUUUAUUGAAAUAUUUUAGGAAUCCCACUUCAGCUUUUUGAAGCCCAUUCUCAUUUAAUGUGUGUCAGUUAUAUGAAAAUGGAUGCACUAAAUAUUUGAAUCUUGCCAGGGUAAUUUUAAGAAGGGGGAACACUGGUGUACUUUUGAUGGGAUGGUCAAAAUAUUUCACUUCACUACAGUAGUUUUUGUCCUUUACCUUCAAUACCAGUGUUCAGAUUGCAGGAUCAGGGUGAGGUGGGUGGUGGUGGUGGUGGUUGUUUUUAGACACUUUAUGGGUGUUUAGUAGUGAAGUAAUGAAGAGUUGUUCUAUUCUGCAUACAUAAUGUGAACACACAACACCUGUACUCUAAUUUGACUUUCCUUUGAGGGAAAAAUAAUAGUGAUGGCAACUGUAGUAAACAAAGACAAUGUUGACUACUUUAGGCCAAAACAAGACUAACACACUAAGAAAACUAUAGACUGGCUCUUCUGAUGGACAUGUGGCUGAUCUCUAAAAUGAUACUGGAUAUGUGAAGAUUUAAAAUAUUGCUAUGAAAACAGCUAUUUUUUUUUAAACCAGGGCAUACUGUGCUAUAAAGAAGCAAAGGUUAGCAGUGGACAAAAUCUACUAGAUUUAGGGAAAUGUGUAGAACUUCUGUCUCUACAGGAUGUCUGCUCCUGGGGGCACUUAAAGAUGCAAACUUGCCCAUAUUUGACCCCUUUUGGACUUACAAAUAAGUCUUGCUUGCCUUAUUCAGUUUGUUCAUGCUGAUAGUUCUGAUUCUCAGAAAACUGUUUCCAUUACAGAUGUGAGGGGGCAGGAGUGACCAGUGUUUCCAGCAUAUACCAAGACGAGGAGGAUAAAUAUCUUUUAACCUCCCUUUAAGUUGCUAUAAGGCAAUGGAUUUGUCAGGGACGUGCUCCCUCUUUGCAAGGAAAAAACAGUGGAGAUAUGGAAUAAAAAUCCUUUGGUCACAGAUGAAUUUGUUCUUUAAUAGGGAGAGUUUUCAUUAUGGUUAUAUGCAUGUUAAAGAAAAAUCUCUUUAUAUGGCUGCUGCAUUUUUUUUUUUUAACAUUAUACUUGUAAAAAUAGGGUUUUUGUAAUGUGGCCAAUGUCACUGAACCCUCAAUUUGCUACACAAGUUAAAACUGCCUUAAAGAAUCACAACUGAGAAUCCUUUGCAUUGGGCUAGUUCCAAGUUAUACACGCUGUUUUAAAUUAUAGGAGGCCUAAAUUAGCUUUAAAUAUGUGUGUUUUAAAAAAUUAUAACAAUUAGGGAUAAAAU